GUAUAUUUCCUUUAAGACUCCAGGCUUAGGCUUGGAGACCCCAGCCAUCACCAUUGAGCCCAGCAGCUGGAGCGGCAGCGAGAGUCCUGCCGAAGAUAUUGAAAGAAUGAGUGAUUCUGCAGAUAAACCUAUUGACAAUGAUGCAGAAGGUGUCUGGAGCCCUGACAUUGAACAGAGCUUUCAGGAGGCUCUAGCUAUCUAUCCACCAUGUGGGAGGAGGAAAAUCAUCUUAUCAGAUGAAGGCAAAAUGUAUG